AUGGCGAGUAGAGGAAUUCUUCAUAGCGAAUUGAAGGAACCCUUACUCGCAACGUUGCGAAAGAGGCAGAUAUAUGCUGAUAUAUUAAGGAGCUGCUCAAAGAAUAAGCUACUUGAUCUAGGAAUUCAGGUUCAUGGCGCUUUACUGACAAUCGGGUUUAGGUUUGAUAUGAUGCUAAGCCAGGACCUGAUUGACAUGUACGGCAAAUGUGGCCAAGUGGUUCGAGCCCGCCAAGUGUUCGACAGAAUGCCUGAAAGAAACCUAGUUUCUUGGACGUCUCUAAUGUGCGUCUACGUGCAAAAUGGACGUCCAGAGGAGUCAUUAUCCCUUUUCUCCCAGUUGGGUUCUACUGGGUUGAAGCCAAAUGACUUCACUCUAUCCACAAAUCUUAAAGCUUGUGGAAUGCUCAGUGUUCCCCGGAUUGGUAUGCAAAUUCAUGAUGUUUGUCUGAAAACUGGAUACGAUUUGCAGAUUUUGGUUGCUAACACUAUCCUUGACAUGUACUCUAAAUCUGGAAGGAUAGCUGAAGCUACAUGCAUGUUCGAAACAAUGCCAGGCAGAAAUCUGAUCACCUGGAAUGCGAUGAUAUCAGGGUACAAUCUUGCAGGAAAUGGCAGAAAAGCUCUGAUUUUGUUUAGGAAAAUGAAAGAAGAAGGCGAAGUUCAUGAUGAGUUUACACUUACAAGUGUCCUGAAGGCUUGUACUAAGAUUGGUGCGGCCAGAGAAGCAACCCAAAUUCACGCUUCAUUGAUCACCAAUGGAUUCCAGUAUUCUGACAAGGCCAGCGUUGCAGGUUCCUUGAUAGAUUCCUACUCGAAAUGUGGGAAGCUGUUUGUAGCUCGAAGAGUAUUUAAUCAAAUUGACAAGAAACAUGCGAUAUCAUGGAGUGCUUUGAUUCUUGGGUAUGCUCAGGAAGGAAACUUAGCAGAAGUCAUGGACAUUUUUAGGCUGCUGAGGGAAAGUACAAUACAAGUAGAUGAAUAUGCUAUGUCAAGUAUGAUGGCCAUCUUUGCAGAUUUAGCCCUCCUAGAGCAAGGCAGACAGAUUCAUGGCUUUAGCAUUAAAAUACCCUCUGGUUUGCGAAUUUCGGUAUGCAAUUCAGCUCUAGACAUGUACCUCAAAUGCGGGAUGACAGAAGAAGCAGAGAAACUGUUCGAUAAGAUGCCUGCACGAGAUGUCGUUUCCUGGACUGUAAUGAUCACCGGCUAUGGCAAGUAUGGUCUUGGAAAAGAGGCCAUUCAUCUCUUCAACCGAAUGCAAUCACACAACACUAACCCUGAUGAUGUAACCUACUUGGCCAUUCUCUUAGCUUGUAGCCAUUCCGGACUAGUGGAAGAAGGUCAAGAAUACCUAUCAAAGUUGUGCAGUGAUGAGAGUAUCAAACCUAGGGUUGAGCAUUAUGCUUGUGUAGUUGAUCUUCUUGGGCGCUCUGGACGUUUAGUAGAGGCUAAGAAUCUCAUCUCUUCAAUGCCAGUAAAAGCCAACGUGGGUAUAUGGCAAGCCUUGCUUAGUGCUUGCCGGGUUCAUGGAGAUAUUGACAUGGGAAGAGAAGUUGGCCACGUAGUUCUUAAAAUGGAUGGAGAAAACCCAGUGAAUUAUGUCAUGCUGUCAAACAUGUUUGCCAAUGCCGGGUACUGGGAAGAGUGCCAGCAGCUCAGAGAAAUGGUGGCCUCAAAAAAGUUGAAGAAGGACGCUGGACGGAGUUGGGUUGAGAUCGACAAAGAAAUCCACUUCUUCUAUGGUGGGGAUGACAUACACCCUCAAGCACAGCAAAUACAUGGGGUACUGGAGGAAAUGGGAAAAAGAAUGAAACAAGAGUUGGGGUAUGUAAACGAAGCUAAACAUGCAUUAUACGAUGUUGACGAAGAAUCGAAGCAGGACAACCUUAGGGUUCAUAGCGAGAAGUUGGCAAUUGGGUUAGCUUUGGUUCGUGGAGGGUGGGAGAAGAAGACCAGGGUGAUUAGGGUGUUCAAGAACUUGAGAGUUUGUGUUGAUUGCCAUGAGUUCAUCAAAGGGUUAUCGAGGAUUUUGCAAAUGGUGUUCGUGGUAAGAGAUGCUAAUAGGUUUCACAGGUUUGAGAAUGGAUUGUGUUCUUGCAACGACUAUUGGUGA